CACAAGCACUGAUGCCAAUGUACAAAGUACAUUUAAAAAAAAAAAAAAUCUGCAUGCAUUUAUCUCACGAUCAGAGCUUAUAUUAGGAGUUUUUCACUUUGUCAUCGUCAAAAGACAUCUAAAUGGAGAAUCUGGGGGAAAGAAAAGGGAAACUCACUCCGCUGUUGGCUUUUGCGACCCUGAUCUCUGCGUUUGGCUCGUCUUUUCAGUAUGGCUACAACGUGGCUGUUAUCAACUCCCCAGCCCCAGACAUGAAGAGUUUCUACAUCAGUGUGUUCGAGAGUCGCAAUAGCACGGUCACCAAAAAUAUGCAAACUCUUCUGUGGUCCCUGACUGUGUCUAUGUACCCCCUGGGAGGGUUCUUUGGCUCUCUCAUGGUGGCACCGCUAGUGAAUAAUUUUGGAAGGAAAGGUACCUUGCUGUUUAAUAACAUCUUCUCCAUCGGUCCUGCUAUAAUGAUGGGUGUGAGUGAGGUGCUGGGAUCUUUUGAGAUUAUUGUCGUGGGUCGCUUCUUUGUGGGCAUCUGUGCUGGCAUUUCAUCCAAUGUGGUGCCAAUGUAUUUAGGAGAACUGGCCCCGAGGAACCUCAGAGGAGCUAUUGGGAUUGUGCCUCAGCUUUUCAUUACUAUUGGCAUCCUCACUGCCCAGGUGUUUGGUAUCCGAAAUAUUCUUGGUAACACAGAAGGUUGGCCCAUCAUGCUGGGUCUCACUGGAGUUCCUGCUCUCCUCGAACUGCUUCUGUUGCCCUUCUGCCCUGAGAGUCCUCGCUACAUGCUCAUUCAGCGGGGCGAUGACAAUAACGCCAGAACUGCACUGCAGCGUCUGAGAGGAUGGAAGGACGUAGAAGAGGAGAUGACAGAGAUGCGACUUGAAGAGCAGUCAGAGAGAGCCGAGGGCCAGCUUUCUGUGCUCAAGCUCUUCACCCUCCGCUCUCUGCGCUGGCAGCUGUUGUCCAUAAUCAUCAUGAACAUGGGCCAGCAGUUAUCAGGAGUCAACGCCAUUUAUUACUAUGCGGACAGCAUCUUCUCUUCAGCCGGAGUGAAAGAGAACCACAUUCAGUAUGUGACUGUUGGAACAGGAUCUGUAAAUGUCCUCAUGAGCAUUGCUGCAGUGUUUAUAGUGGAAGCCUCGGGCAGGAAGCUGCUGCUUCUGAUUGGGUUCGGGAUCUGUUGUGUAGCCUGUGUGAUCCUUACUGUAGCUCUCAGACUGCAGGAGAGCCUGCAGUGGAUGCCCUAUGUCAGCAUCGCCUGUGUCAUCAUUUAUGUCAUUGGCCACGCCAUAGGCCCAAGUCCAAUUCCUACCGUGAUUACCACUGAGAUUUUCCGCCAGUCCUCAAGACCUGCAGCUUUUAUGGUGGCAGGCUCUGUGCACUGGCUGUCAAACUUCACCAUAGGCCUGAUCUUCCCCUUCUUAGAGAAAAACCUGGGGGCCUUCAGCUUUAUCGUCUUUGCUGGCAUCUGCCUCGCCACACUCAUCUACAUUUGGCUGGUCAUCCCAGAAACUAAGGGUGCCACCUUCUUGGAGAUCAGCAAGCUGUUUACUAAGAGGAACAAAGUGGAGAUUGUGGUAGAAGAUGAGGAUUGCAGGAUGCAAGAAACUGGAGUGACAGACCAUGAAAAGGACAUAAUUACACCAUUGUAAACACAGGAUGGCUUACUGAGUGUUGUUUUGUAUAUAUCAGACCUUUAGUCUAGGUCUGGAACUCCAGUAUUUUGGAUUGAAAUUGUACUGUAAUGUUGUGUCUCGUUUCACUUAACUGCACUUUGACUAGAAUGCAGACUGCAGAUUAUAAAUGGCAUCAGGUGUUGAAGAACAUUGGUCUGCUUCCUAAAGACCACAUAUCAGCUCAAAACUUAAUUAUAUGUCUGACAUUGUGAGACUGCACCUAGGGUUUAUGUUAAAUAGCCAGCAUAAUUAUAGUAGAACAAAUCCUGGUUCUGCUGGUAUUACAUGUCCGCAGUACAGUUUUACAAGCUGUCUGUUUUGGAAGCUGAGACCAAGUUCUAAAAUGUGGUGUAGCAACAUUUGAAUGAAUCAGAAUGAAGUUUCACAUUCUGUUGACAUGCUUUUUUUUACUUAUUAUUAAUGAUUACUUCAUGCUUUCUACCAAGUCCAGCAAACAUUUAGUGUAGUACACAGUUUCACUGAUACUCCAUGUAAAAUCCUUUAAUGAAACUAAUAAUAUGUAACUGCUGAAAUGACCAGUCAAAAGACCUGCUUUAAUAAUCUUGGACUAUUUC